AUGGCCACCACUGCGUCUUCGACACGCCCCUCAACCCAGGCCGACUACCCAACCCUCCAGCCGGCCUUCCACCUCACUGUCGACAUCGGCCCUGCGCAGCCCAUCGGCUCGCUCUCGCGCGGCAACCCGCUGACGGUCGUCCCGCUCGUUGCCGCCACUCUGGUGAGCGAGCCGGGCUUCCCUGUGAGCGUGGAUGCGAGCAUGCGCGGCCAGGGCGUGGAUUACGUGCACAAUGACCCGGACGGAGGCCGGAUGCGGUUGAGGAGCGAUUUGAUUGUUAGGUGA